UAUAUCGGGCUAUGAAAUAACAUUUCAAUAAUUUAAAAGUAAACGCAACUAACACAAUGAAGCAUAUAACUUUCUUGGGCACUCCGUUAUCUAAAUACGAGAUUGAUGAUAUAGAGACUGAUUUACUGAAUAAGCGUGCCAAAGAAUUUGAAAAAACAAAAGGUCUUCAAUAUCGACAAAAUCGUGAAAAGAUAAAACGAAAUGAUAUUGUGACACAUUAUACGGUUGAUACAAAGGAAGGUUUCGUUCCUGCCAACUUCAAGUCAUCGAAAUCUAGCAGAGCAUUAUACACCCACCAGAAUGUAAGGAGCUUUACAGACGUGGAAGAUUCGGACAUCAUUGGCAAAAACACAUUAAAGGCCAUCAAUAUCAAUCGUGUUGGGUUGAAGAGAAAUAUCGCAAACAUUUUGAAUGCCAUGGGAUUUAUGAACAAGAAGCGAUUCAUUGGUCCUAUGAACAUUACGGCUAUACAUAAUAAGGUAUCUACAACUUUGGAAGGAGUUGGAUUUCGCAUAGAUGAUCCUACCAUACCAGGGAAUUUGCAAUUUAUAAAAUCAACAUCUAAUGAUGCGAAAACGCACAAUAGUCAAUCUGCCAUCCUGGAUACUAAUAAGUGCGAUGAUAGUGAAGCACAAUCAAGUAUGCAUAAGGAUGAAAACCAAAAUAUGAGCUUUAGCAGAAGUGGAGAUGAAAAUGCGACACAUAAAUUAACAAAGCAUGUUGAUGACCGUGAAUUUGAUUUGGGUGAGAUAAAGUAUUAUUAUCAGCAUUUAUACGGCUACAUAGUAAAUGUAAUGGACAAGAAGGACGACUUUUUGGACAAAAUAUCGGAAGGAUUGGAUUUCACAAGCAAAAGCGUCAUGAGCCAGAAGGCUGUUAAAAGGGGGAGGAAUGUUGAGAUUUAUACCUUUGAUAACGAGCUCUUACAACGAUUUAAUAUAAAAUCAAGCCGGGGUGCUGACGAAAUGGGCGUUAAAUCCGUAGACCUACCUGCAACAAAUGAGAUUAAUGCGGGUAAAAUGUUGCCUGCUGAACUUUUUAGAAGGAUUUUCGGUAAUUAAGGGUACAAACACAUCAGUGCC